AUGACAUAUUUUAAAACAUUGCUUGAGAAGCUAAUUAGACGGGAGACCGCCAGCAAUAGCAGUAACAGACUUAACGCUUUGUUUGAUUUCUACAGUAGACGGAACACAGCCAGCAAUAGCAGUAACAGACUUAACGCUUUGUUUGAUUUCUACAGUAGACGGAAGUCAACCAGCAAUAUCAGCAACAGACUUAAGGCUUUGUUUGAUUUCUACAGUAGACGGGAGACCACCAGCAAUAGCAGUAACAGACUUAACGCGUCGUUUGAUUUCUACAGUAGACGGAAGACAACCACCAACAGCAGUAACAGACUUAAUGCUUUGUUUGAUUUCUACAGUAGACGGGAGACCACCAGCAAUAGCAGUAACAGACUUAACGCGUCGUUUGAUUUCUACAGUAGACGGAAGACAACCAGCAAUAGCAGUAACAGACUUAACGCUUUGUUUGAUUUCUACAGUAGACGGAAGACAACCAGCAAUAGCAGCAACAGACUUAACGCUUUGUUUGAUUUCUACAGUAGACGGAAGACAACCAGCAAUAUCAGCAACAUACUUAAGGCUUUGUUUGAUUUCUACAGUAGACGGGAGACCACCAGCAAUAGCAGUAACAGACUUAACGCGUCGUUUGAUUUCUACAGUAGACGGAACACAAGCACCAAUAGCAGUAACAGACUUAACGCUUUGUUUGAUUUCUACAGUAGACGGGAGACCACCAACAAUAGCAGUAACAGACUUAAUGCGUCGUUUGAUUUCUACAGUAGACGGAAGACAACCACCAAUAGGAGUAACAGACUUAACGCUUUGUUUGAUUUCUACAGUAGACGGGAGACCACCAGCAAUAGCAGUAACAGACUUAACGCUUUGUUUGAUUUCUACAGUAGACGGAAGACAACCAGCAAUAGCAGCAACAGACUUAACGCUUUGUUUGAUUUCUACAGUAGACGGAAGACAACCAGCAAUAUCAGCAACAUACUUAAGACUUUGUUUGAUUUCUACAGUAGACGGGAGACCACCAGCAAUAGCAGUAACAGACUUAACGUGUCGUUUGAUUUCUACAGUAGACGGGAGACCACCAGCAAUAGCAGUAACAGACUUAAUGCGUCGUUUGAUUUCUACAGUAGACGGAAGACAACCACCAAUAGGAGUAACAGACUUAAUGCUUUGUUUGAUUUCUACAGUAGACGGGAGACAGCCAGCAAUAGCAGUAACAGACUUAACGCUUUGUUUGAUUUCUACAGUAGACGGAAGACAACCAGCAAUAGCAGUAACAGACUUAACGCGUCGUUUGAUUUCUACAGUAGACGGUAA